UUAUUUCUUUGGCCACAACUGCACAACGGCAACGAGAGAUCCGAAGAUCACUGCAUGACUGUACUGAACAUCUACAUUGGAGCAGUAGUUUCGGCAGGCUUCUCCUGUGCGAAGUUUCUUUGGUAUCGAAAAUAAUGAAAAUGAAUGAUUCCGGACAUGUACCGUGCACUGAGCUGCAUGAGUGACUUCCACUAACUUCAAGGUCGGCAGUGAAUGGGCAGUGAAGUAACGUUAGUUGCUCGGUCUCCUUCGGAACACUUCUAAUUCCAGUCUUCGCUACCUUGUAGUCCGCAAGUUCUUUCGGUCUGAGCCACAUUUUAAAUUAUUAUUAGUUCACUUCUUCCCAGUACGAGUACAAAGUGGAACAUUUCUCUUGUACAUAUGGCCGACAAGCGGUAGCAAUCACAUUUCACAAGAGAAUGCGAUCAGUUCAAUGUUGUCUAUUCUGAGUAUUAUAAAGGCUCCAUUCAACGAUGUAUGACGACGAGAGACAACCAUUGACGGGUCGGAGUGCGAGAAGGACCGCAGCUGGAAGAGGUCGCCUGUGGCAUCCCUCAUACGUGAUGCUGUUUGUGACGCUGCUGGAGAGAGCCGGAAACGUUGGACUGGCCGUAAAUUUAGUGCAGUAUCUGGAGUUUCAUGGCUUCUUGGGAUGGAGCUCUACGAGUGCCACAAUUGCUGCACUGGCUUGCACGCGACUUACCAUGCUGGGUGCGGUAUUUUCAGGAUUACUGGCUGAUACAUUGUUUGGUCACUUUAGAGUGCUAUUGGUAUCGCUUCUACUGCAAUUUACUGCUUCCUUACUGCUACUUGCAGCCAUGGUGGAGGAGUUUGAGGUUCCGCGCGAUGAUGUACACCGUGACCUGUUCCAGGGCCUGGUGACGACUGGCUUGAUUUUGUUCGGUCUUGGGGUGGCUGGAACUGCCGGAACUCAGAUCCCUCUCGGCGUUAGUCAGCAUUCCCUGAGGAAAGAAAGUGAACAAAAAGCCAAGGUCUAUUUUCCCCGCUGUUACUGGUGCAUCAACUUGGGUUCGACGCUCGGAGUGUUUUGCGGAAUGCUACAGGUGCAGGUGAAAUACCAUGUGUACGGCUACAUUCUUCCACCUGUGCUCAUCUUCCUAAGCAUCCUAGUCCUGCUGCUGCUCAACAAGAAAAUUCUUGCCGAGGAGCCAUCGCGAGCUAAUCCGUUUGCCGACAUAUGGCAAGUGACGAAGGAAGCAGUAAGAAGUCGAUGGAGACACCGGAAAACGGGUAUGGUCAUUAUCAGCCUGGAGACUGAUCCAAACAGUAAGAAGUAUUGGAAGGACACCGAUGGAUCUCUGGCACAUUGGGUGAGACAUGCCGAGGAGACCAGAGGAGGGUCUAUGGCCUACAAUACAGUGGCCAAGGCACACAACUUUCUCUCCGUGCUGGCCGUGUUGUCUGUGCUGAUGUUUAGCCAGAUCACAGUUUCACAGACCAUGACAUCCUUUGUAUCUCAGGGAAAUCUCAUGACCCUACCGAUACCGAGAGCAACUGCAAAUCACAGCUCCUUCUACAUUCCGGCUUCUUUCUUUACGGUCUUCAAUGGCCUCGGUGUCCUCUUCGGCAUUCCACUGGCUAGCUAUGUUGUCUACCCUCGCUGGCAAUCGUACUGCAGGGGCACGCCCCCGAGUCACUUCCAACGCAUCACGGUCGGCAUGGUGAUUGCAGUCCUGGCAAUUGCAGCAGCCACUGUUCUCGAGGCGGAGAGAAGGCAGGAUGGCAGGUGGAACUCGGCGGUGGUGUCCGACCACGACAAUCCCAAUAUCACCCUGACUGUUUCAAGUCUCAAAAUAUUCUACCAGAUCCCGCAGUACGCGUUGUCGGGAAUCUCUGAGGCAUUCAUCACAGUGUCAGCUUUGGAGUUUGCAUACUCUCGGUCGCCUACCAGAAUGAAAGGCAUUGCCGUGGGUCUGGUCUAUGCAUCUAUCGGCCUGUCAUCCUGCGUCAGUGUUGGAAUUUUGUGGCUAAUUCAAAAAUUCCAGUGGAGCAUUUUCUACAUGAGCAACCAGCAAGGAGAAGUGCACUAUUUCUUCUUGACACUCGGCUGUGUCAUGCUGGUCGGCUUGGCAAUAUUUCAAAUCAUCUCCAGACGUAUCAAACGAGCCCCCAUCUAUUCAGAGAACCUGGCAACGUCUCAGUCUGUGACUCCCCAGACAACGUUUAGCACUGUUGUAAAUUCGAACAGCAGCUUUUCAGCAUAGUCCCCGAGAACACACUACAUACUACACACCCCAUAAUAUGACGUGUAACGGUUUUGCCAUUUUUAUUCUUGCUUUGGGUAGGCCCGUCGAUGAUAUCUAGGCAGAUUUCCGUGCAAAAACAAUGGAGAGAAUGCGUAUUUUUCGUUUACAUUCUCAUUUACCGACAGAUGUGUUAGCCUCAUCGGUGAUCUCACUCAUGGGGUGUUUCUAUUGCUAGUAUCAUUGGUUCUAGUAGAUCCACCUUCCAUCAUGCACUUGAUUGCUUGCAACUGGUUGCAUGAUGGUAAACGGCCUUGAAUGGUAUUUAUGUGCAUGUAUCUGCUCAUGCAUUUCUCCUA